AUGGACUUGGUUGAGGAGGUGAAAGAGAGCUUUUGGGAGGCUUUGGCUGAGGUGGUGAGAAGCAUGCUUAGCUCAGAGAAUAUGGUCAUAGUAGGGGACUUCAAUGGGCAUAUUGGUAUUUUUCUGGAUGGUUAUGAUGAUGUGCAUAGAGGGUUUGGUUUCGGCGAAAGAAAUGGUGAGGGGGUUGCUCUGUGGGAUUUUGCGAGGGUCUUUGGAUUGGUGGUUGUCAAUUCAAACUUUCUAAAGAAGGAGGAUCACCUGAUUACUUUUCAAAGCGCUUCAGCCAAGACUCAGAUUGACUUUCUACUACUUAUAAAGGGUGAUAGGGCUUUGUGUAAGGAUUGUAAAGUCAUUUCGAGUGAGCAUCUUUCGACUCAACACAGGCUUCUGGUGAUGGACUUGAUUAUCAUGAAGAACAAGAAGAGUAGGUUUCAAAAGGGUAAACCUAGAAUUAAGAGGGGUGGCUUGAUGCCUGUUAGUGCACUGGAGAUAGGGGAGGAGGUGGUGGGAAUAAGGGUAUGGGAGUGUAAGGGGGAUGUGGAUGUUAUGUAG